UUUACGUCACGGCAUUGUUGAGCUUGAGGAAGCGACUGACAAGUCAUCGAGCUGUCGAACUUCGACAAACAGUGCUUUUUCCUGAUUAUUUCAUUGUUUCUAAACGCGCGCCGUUAAGCCUGUUUUUCUCAAUGCACAUCUGUAGUAAAGUUUAAAGGGUCAGAAUUAGCUCGCUAGCUUUCUGACUGCAUUGAGUUGCUUGCUGUCAGCUCGCAGCGGUGAAGUGCACACUUAUCGUUCAGGAUCAAGAAACCCCUGGAGCGUUCCUAUCGAUCUGCAUCGAUCCGCUGAGGAUUAAUUGGUAGUGAGUGAUGGGGGCCCAGAGGAGUGAGGGACGCAGAGACUGGCUCCAGCAGGAUUUCACCGAGCAGCAGGUCCAGACAGUGAAUCCCUGGAACAUCAUGAUCAAACACAGACAGGUUCAUCGCAGAGGACGACGCUCACAGAUGACGGUUAGUUACACAGAUCCUGUCAUUUCCAUGGAUCUUCUGCGAACUGUUCUGCAGCCCAGCUUUAACGAAGAUAUCCGUGCUGUGUUCAGAAAAUAUAUGAAGUUUUUUGAGAAAGCGGCCAGCAAUGUGAAAGAGAAUGUUGGAGGAGAUGUCCAGCCUGACCAGCUUAUCAGAGAUGCCUGCAGAAGCUGCCUGGAACAUGUAGCGGUAAUAUCUUUUGUGUCUCAGUAUGCCGCUGAUGCUCAGGACAAACACUGGCUUUCAGAAAGACAGCACAUGAGAGCUACCGGUGGAAAGAUGGCCUAUCUGCUUAUAGAAGAGGAUAUUCUUGGUCUUGCCCGAAGUGAAGACUACAAGGACUGCCCUGACUUGAAGCUGGAUGAAUUGAAACCAUUUCUAGUGCCCUUGUGGAUGGUGGAGAAAAUGCAGAAAGCAAUGGACGCACAGAAAACCGAAAAUGAUCUUGUCAUGUAAUACCAACCUCGUCAGGCAAGUCAUUGGACCACGGACACUCUUGAGUGUUACCAAUUUAACAUAACUAACUUUUUGUUGUUUAUUUUGUUUGUGCGAUGUUCACGGUAGACCCAGGCAUUAUGAUCAAGUUGCCCAGAAAUUGUUCUGUUGGAGGUUUACUUGCCAAAUCAUUUCAAUUAAUUUUAAUGUGCAAUUGUCUAAACUGGUCUAGAUCUAAUUUCUUUUUUUCUAUCAUCAAAUGUGUGCUUUUUUUCAUGACUUUGUAUUUAAAAGACUUAAAUAUCUAAUGAGGCACAUAUAGACCCUUAAUGAU